AUGAUAAAUAUACACGCAGUAAGUUGGGGCGCAUGCUGUAGAGUGAUAUUUACUCGUUUUCUUCUGGUCGGUCACUGUCAGCGGCCUAUCUACGGAAAUAAUGCCCUCCUCCCCGUCCAAUCAUCUGACACUCCCCGAAGAAACGGCUUACGGGCGCCAAUCUAUCUAUCUAUCUAUCUAUCUAUCUAUUUUAGUCUGUUCAAAUCUAUCUAUUUUAGUCUCCUCCCUCACAUUUACUCUCUCUUCUCCCCCUUUUCUUCCUCUUGCUUAUACUCUAUUUUCUUCCCCCCCAUGUUCCCCUCUCUUCUUUUACUUACUCCCAUGCUCUUCUUGCUUUCAUUUCCUCCCCUUUUUUCCUUUUUAUCUUGUUGUUUUCCCCUCUCUUUUUGUUUCAUUCUCUCUUUCUUAUUUUUUUACUCUUUCUGCUCUCCUCUCCCUUUCUUGUUUACCCCCUCUUUCUCUUGUCUUUACUCUUUUUCUUAUGACCUUUCCACUCUAUUUCUCCUCUCCUUUUCCCUGCUAUUUCCAUCGGCUCCCUCUCUUUCUUUCCACCCCACCAUCUUUAUCCAUUCUUUAUCCCCCUCUUUCUUUCAUCUUAUUUUCCUCUCUUUUCCUCCUUCUAAUUUUAUGCUCCUCCCGCCACCAUUGUAUUGCAUAUUUUCUACUUCUUUGUCUAUUUCCCGGACUAUCUCCCCCCCCUUUCUAUUCUGUUUCCUCUCUCCUUGGGCAAACGUUUGUCCAUAUCUAUCUAUCUAUCUAUCUAUCUAUCUAUCUCAGUUUGUCCAUAUCUAUCUAUCUAUCUAUCUAUCUAUCUAUCUCAGUUUGUCCAUAUCUAUCUAUCUAUCUCAGUUUGUCCAUAUCUAUCUAAGUUUGUCCAUAUCUAUCUAUCUAUCUAUCUAUCUAUCUCAGUUUGUCCAUAUCUAUCUAAGUUUGUCCAUAUCUAUCUAUCUAUCUAUCUCAGUCUGCCCAUAUCUAUCUAUCUAUCUAUCUAUCUCAGUUUGUCCAUAUCUAUCUAUCUAUCUAAGUCUGCCCAUAUCUAUCUAUCUAUCUAUCUAUCUAUCUAAUCUGCCCAUAUCUAUCUAUCUAUCUAAGUCUGCCCAUAUCUAUCUAUCUAUCUAUCUAAGUCUGCCCAUAUCUAUCUAUCUAUCUAUCUAUCUAUCUAAGUCUGCCCAUAUCUAUCUAUCUAUCUAUCUAAGUCUGCCCAUAUCUAUCUAUCUAUCUAAGUCUGCCCAUAUCUAUCUAUCUAUCUAUCUAAUCUGCCCAUAUCUAUCUAUCUAUCUAUCUAUCUAUCUAUCUAUCUAUCUCAAAUUAACGUGUCUACUCAAAUCAUUCUGUUCAUUAUCUAUCUAUCUAUCUAUCUAUCUAAUUCUAUUCAUUAUCUAUCUAUCUAAUUCUAUUCAUUAUCUAUCUAUCUAA